AUGAAUAAUGCUACAGAGAAAAAGCCACAUGCUAUCUUGAUUCCAUCUCCAGCUCAAGGCCAUAUCAAUCCAUUAUUCAAGCUAGCAAAACUGCUUCACCUUAAAGGCUUUCACAUAACCUUUGUCAACACUGAGUACAACCACCAACGCUUGCUCAAAUCAAGAGGCUCAAACGCCUUUGAUGCUUUCACUGACUUCAACUUUGAGACAAUUCCAGAUGGUUUAACUCCAAUGGAAGGUGAUGAUGGUGAUGUUACUCAAGACAUUGUCUCAGUUACUAUUUCAUUAAGAAAGAAUUUCCACCAAUUCUUUGGUGAACUUCUUGCUAGACUCCAUGAAUCUGCCAUUGCUGGUCUUGUCCCACCUGUUACAUGUUUUGUUUCUGAUUGUUACAUGCCAUUUACCAUACCAGCUGCCGAAGAAUAUGCACUCCCAAUCCUUCUCUUUUGCCCAACAAGUGCGUCUAGCUUCUUAUCUAAUUUGCACUUUCGUGUACUCGUCGAGAGAGGCUUAAUACCACUCAAAGAUGAGAGUUAUUGGGCAAAUGGAUAUUUAGACACUAAAGUAGAUUGUAUUCCAGGAUUGCACAACUUUCGACUAAAGGAUCUCCCUGGCUUUAUUAGAACAACUAAUCCAAAUGAUGUCAUGUUAGAAUUCUUUAUCGAGGUGGCAGAAAGUAUUCAUAGAGCAUCUGGUAUUGUUUUUAACACUUUUAAUGAACUUGAGAGUGAUGUGCUUCAAGUUCUCUACUCUAUGCUCCCUUCUCUCUAUACCAUUGGACCAUUACCUUCAUUAUUAAAUCAAAUUGGGCAUAAUCACUUAGCAUCUUUAGGUUCCAAUCUUUGGAAAGAAGAUACCAAGUGUCUAGAUUGGCUUGAAUCAAAGGAGUUGGAGUCUGUUGUUUAUGUGAAUUUCGGAAGCUUUACGGUUAUGACUCCAGAGCAACUGUCGGAGUUUGCUUGGGGUUUGGCCAAUAGCAAGAAGUCAUUUUUGUGGAUCAUUAGGCCUGAUCUUGUCAUUGGUGGCUUAGUUGUUUUGUCAACUGAAUUUCUCAAAGAAAUUUCAGAUAGAGGCCUAAUUGUGAGCUGGUGUCCACAAGAGAAAGUGUUGAACCAUCCUUCAAUUGGUGGAUUUUUGACUCAUUGCGGAUGGAACUCAACCACUGAAAGUAUAUGUGCGGGAGUGCCAAUGUUGUGUUGGCCGUUUUUUGCUGAUCAGCCAACAAACAGUAGAUUUAUUUGCAAUGAAUGGGAAAUUGGAGCUGAAAUCGAUACAAACGUGAAGAGAGAUGAGGUGGAGAAGCUUGUCAAUGAAUUGAUGGUGGGAGAGAAAGGGAGACAGAUGAAGAAAAAAGUCAUGGAGUUGAAGAAGAAGGCGGAAGAGAACACUAGUCUAGAGGGUUGCUCAUACAUGAACUUGGACAAAGUUAUUAAGGAUGUCUUGCUUAAAAAAUUCUAA